UAUUAAGUUACCGCUCCUGACCAGUUGUGUCACAUUUUAAGUUGGCAACAGUUCAGCGAGUGAUUUUCGGUGAUUUGGUUAUCUGUGUGUGGCAAAUUCGUUUUGUCAGACAAACAUGGCCGACGAUGAUGCGGUUGAUUCAAAGAAAAACGACGAAAAACCCACGGGAGGUGAGGAUUCUGAGUCGAAAAAGAAAAUUACGGUUACGGUGAAGACUCCUAAAGAGAAGGAAAAUUUCGAAGUCGACGAAGACAUCGGGGUUAAAGCGUUUAAAGAGGUCAUAGCGCCUGUGUUUAACGCGGAUGUUGAUCAAUUAUGCCUAAUAUUCGCUGGAAAAAUCAUGAAGGAUAAUGACACCCUACAUCAACACCACAUCAAAGACGGCCUCACUAUUCAUUUGGUUAUUCGGGCUGUGCCCAGAACCACUGAAUCUGGACCAUCGCGACCACCAGCGGAUAUCAACGCGACGCCGUUUAAUUUGGGUCCGUUGGGUGGUUUAGCCGGUCUGGACGCAUUAGGUAUAGGUUCUGGUAAUUUUAUGGAAAUUCAGAGUAGGAUGCAAACGGAACUACUGAAUAAUCCCGAUAUGCUCAGGCAACUUUUAGAUAAUCCAUUUGUCCAACGAAUAAUGAACGAUCCUGAAAAUAUGCGAGCACUAAUCACCCGAAACCCUCAAAUGCAGGAACUUAUGGAGCGUAACCCUGAAAUAAAUCACAUGCUUAAUAAUCCAGAAUUGUUGCGUCAGACGAUGGAAUUGGCCAGAAAUCCGUCAAUGUUGCAGGAGUUGAUGAGGAGUCACGAUCGGGCUAUAAGUAAUUUAGAAAGUAUUCCCGGAGGGUACAACGCGCUGCAGAGGAUGUACCGGGACAUCCAGGAACCAAUGUUUUCGGCAACUAGCGAACAGUUCAGUCGCAAUCCAUUCGCAGGGUUGAUUGAUAAUAAUUUGAGCGGGAACAACCCGCAACAGGGUACCGAAAACCGGGAACCGCUUCCCAAUCCUUGGAAUAGCAGCCAAAGGGGUGGUGGUAGCACUAACAACACUAGUACUUCAACGAAUAGACAAAGACCAGUGAUGAAUAACCCAUCUAUGGCCAGUCUACUACAACAGAUGUCAGAAAAUUCGGAAUUAAUGCAAAACAUGUUAUCUGCACCUUACACCCAAAGUGUUUUGGAGGCCUUAGCGAACGAUCCCAACAUGGCGUCUGCGCUUCUAGCCGAUAAUCCGUUAUUAGCUGGAAGUCCACAGACGCAAGAGCAAGUCAGGUCAAUGAUUCCAAAUAUCGUACAACAGUUGCAAAACCCGGAAAUACAAAACGUCAUGUCUAAUCCACAAGCUCUCAAUGCUAUUAUGCAAAUUCACCAAGGAAUGGAGACUUUGAGGCAAACCGCCCCUAAUCUUGUGAACACGUUCGGAGUUCCUGGUACUUCUACUACAACUAACACAACGCCAUCUACUACCACAACCACGUCUACUAGUAGUACGACUCAAGCAAACACUACAACGACUCAAUCAGGCACCACUACCACAAGUCAAUCUGCUGCUGCUGAUCCUUUCUCAGAGUUUAUGGCACGCAUGGUUGCUGGAAUGGCAGCUCAACGUGACACGACGCUCCCCCCGGAACAGCGAUACCAAACACAGUUAGAGCAAUUGGCAUCGAUGGGUUUUGUAAAUAGAGAAGCAAAUUUGCAAGCUUUAAUAGCUACAUUUGGUGAUGUAAAUGCUGCUGUAGAAAGGCUAUUAGCUCUGGGUCAACUGUCGAUGAGCUAACCUACUUAUUAAUAUAUUCCAAAUGUAUUAUUAUAUAAUUUUUGAAAUUCUGGGCUUAAAUUUUGUUUAGGAUAGUAUUUUAUGAGAAUAUAUUAGGCCAUUUACGAGUUUCAUUUUUGUAAGAUGUUUCUGGGUUGUAUUUGGUGCCACUUGUUGUUUCAUUUGUUUUUGCCAUUAUUGUGAGUAACUUCUAUAGAGUACAAUCAUUUCCCUGCAAGCAAACCAAGUCUAAACUAAAACGAUGGUUGUAGUCUGUAAGAAAAUAACUGUAAUUUGUAAACAUUUUAGACAUUGUUUAAUGUUGACAUUUUCUUGAAUCUUCAAACAAUGUAUAUCUAUGACUAAUUAGAGACUAUUUUAGCAACACGUAAAGUAUUUUAUUAUAAUUGGGAUGAUUAACCUUUCAUAAUAUUGCAAUCAUGGCAAACACUAGUCACCAAAAGAGAACAUUGUUAAAUCGUGACUGAUCUGUGGCUUGUAUAAAACAAUCAAAUGAUAUUCAGUUUGAAUGUGUUAUCUAUUUCUAUCAUUGUAGUUUAAUGUUAUGUUGAACUUUAAUCCUAGUACUUUUGAUCAGGAGACGACCGUAUAUUUUUAAUAUGAUUGUUUGUACCUACGACAACUGAUUUGUUGAUCAUUUUCUAACAAAUCUUGCUUUAACGAUGUAGCGGUGCAACGUAUAACGUAAACAUAACAAGAAUGCAUCAAUUAAAAUUUUAUACGGCUAAUUUAUUGAUACAAUGGCAAUAAACACUACGAGUUAAUAUGUGUUAAGUGGCUCAAAGAUGUUUCACUGUAAUAAAAUAUAGCUAUACAAAAUUUUUGGGAUGAACACUGUUUUUAUUAUGUAUGUUCAUGGAGAUAAAUGACCACAGAUCGCUUUUUCUUGUAAAAAUAUCUAAAAUUGUAAUAGUAAUAGAAUUACGUGUUUAGUUUAAACACAGUUUAUGUGCAUCAUGUCAAAACUGUACGACCUUGUGCAUCAUUGUACAUUCCAUUGUGUAAUACUAAAUUGCAUAAAUAAAUGAGUUUCUCCAUGAUCAA